UAUUUUGCAUGAUAGUUCUACCCAAACCCAACCCACCCACAUUGCUCGCCUUCUCACAGGACUCUUUAAAAGCCGAAACACUGCUUCACCUGCUACACAAAUAUAUAUAUUUAUCGCGCAAACACUUUUUUUGCAUACAUGGAUCAUUCAAAGAAUUCUUGUAUGGGAACUUCUGCCAUUGUUUUUCUCCUUUUAACUGCAGCUCUCUGCAUUUGUCUAUGGUUUCCUUCAAGAUCUAACCCUUUCCUCCCUUACCAACGAAGCAACCGCCCAAGCUCUAAUUCUGGAAAAGACGAGCUUGAUUUAGCGUUAGAGGAUGCUUCCAUGCCGAACAAGACCGUGAUCAUUACAGUUGUGAACAAAGCUUAUGUUGAGCAAAGUGUUGACGAAGAAACAACAAUGCUGGACCUUUUCUUGGAGAGCUUUUGGUUCGGAGAAGGUACCAGACCACUGCUUGACCAUCUGCUAGUUGUUACCGUCGAUCAAGCUGCCCAUGAACGGUGCAAAUUUAAGCGAUUGCAUUGUUACAGAUUGGUGACGGAGGGUGUUGAUUUUGGUGGGGAGAAGGUUUACAUGUCCAAGGACUAUAUCAAGAUGACAUGGAGAAGGACUCUUCUUCUUUUGGAUGUCCUCAAGCGUGGCUACAGCUUCAUUUUUACGGAUACAGAUAUACUUUGGCUAAGGAAUCCAUUUGCAAAAUUAAGUCCAAACCAAAUGAAGGACCUGCAAAUCAGUGUUGAUUCAUUCAUUGGUGACCCUCGACCGGAGCAUAAUUUCAUCAACACAGGUUUCUAUUACAUCAAAUCAAACAACAAGACAAUCUCAUUGUACGAUACAUGGUAUUCCCAAAAGGAUCAUUUCACAGGGAAAAACGAUCAACAGGUCUUGCAAGAACUAAUGCAUGAUGGGCUCUUCACCCGACUGGAUCUCCAAGUAAGGUUCUUGGAGACGAGGCAUUUCAGUGGUUUUUGUCAAGAAAGUCGAGAUGUCGCCACGGUAACCACUGUCCAUGCGAAUUGUUGUCGUCACAUAAGCGCAAAGUUUGGAGAUCUAACGGUGGUUCUCUAUGACUGGAAGCGAUUCAAAGCAGCCAUGACUAAACAUCCUGCGGAUGCGGAUAAUAUAAUCAGAGGUUUCAAAUGGUCAGCACAUACCGGAUGUAAGAACUCCUGGAAAGAAAGAUAAUAAGUUGAGCAGACUAUAUCAAAGUCAACAAAGGUUUAAUUAUUAUAGAUCUUACUUAAGUUAGCUUUUAAACUUCA